CUAUAGAUGGAGCUGUGGGGUCCGAAUCAGCCCUUCAGUGCAAACCCAUGUGCCUGGCCAUGGAGGUGUGUGCGCGGCUGCUGUGAGCUACAAAGGGCGAGGGGAGAGAGAGGGAGAGGAGGUGCCCUGUGCAGCUCCCAUAUACCCUCCCCCACCACCCAAGAACAGACACAUCCAAUCCAGCCUCAUUGCUGUCAGGAGCAAAUCUCUGAUCCCCCCCCACCCCAAACCCCUCCCCCUCUCCCCUCCAGCCUGAUCACACUAAGGAAUGAUGAAAAAAAAUAAUUCUGCAAAAAGGGGGCCACAGGAUGGAAACCAGCAAUCCAUGCAGCCAGAGAAGGUCGGCUGGGUUCGGAAAUUUUGCGGGAAAGGCAUUUUUAGGGAAAUCUGGAAAAACCGUUAUGUGGUUUUGAAGGGAGAUCAGCUUUAUAUCUCAGAGAAAGAGGUCAAAGAUGAAAAAAACAUCCAGGAAGUGUUUGACCUGAGUGAUUAUGAGAAAUGCGAAGAGCUCAGGAAGUCCAAAAGCAGAAGCAAAAAGAACCACAGCAAGUUCACGCUAGCACACUCCAAACAGCCUGGAAACACGGCACCCAAUCUGAUCUUCCUGGCCGUCAGUCCGGAGGAGAAAGAGUCCUGGAUCAACGCCCUCAACUCCGCCAUCACCCGAGCCAAAAACCGCAUCUUAGAUGAGGUGACUGUUGAGGAGGACAGCUACCUCGCCCAUCCGACCCGCGACAGAGCGAAAAUCCAGCACUCCAGACGGCCUCCGACACGGGGACACUUGAUGGCUGUGGCAUCUACCUCAACGUCGGAUGGCAUGCUGACACUGGACCUCAUCCAAGAGGAAGACGCCUCUCCCGAGGACCACGGGACCUGUGAAGAGAGCUUCCGGGUAGACCUGGAUAAAUCCAUGGCGCACCUCACUGCCGGCCGACGCCGGUCGGAUUCGGAGAACGUCAAGUCCUCGGAGAAAGGCCGGUCAGUGAGCCUGCCGAGACGGGAGGCGAUCUCGUGGGACAAAACUGGGAAACGCAACGACGCCUUCGAGAAAGGGACCAUGUACACCCCGCAGGUCCCCAAAAAGCUCUCGCACUCGGAAAAGAACAAAUGUGCCUCCAUGGAGGAGAUUUUGUCUCGCCGGGACUCUUCUGCGCACCGGGCAGUGCUGAGGAAGGGGCUGGAGGCUCAGUUUGCUUCGGGUGAGCCAGAGCAGCUGGCCCGGAUACAGGAACUGGUUGCACUGAAACUGGAAAAAACUCAGGAACUGCUGGCGGAGGUGAAGGGCUAUGGGGAAGGGAAGCGAAAGACAAAAGAUUUUGCCGCUGCUGCCACCACCACCUCUUCCUCUUCCAAGUCGGACUCUGAGAGCAUCUUGCAGGAGACAGAGAGGUUGCUGGGCGAGGCCUCCUCAACCUGGAGCCAGGCCAAGAAGGUGUUACAGGAGAUUAAAGAGCUGAGGGACCUGUACAAACAGCUAGAACUGCAGCCGUCGGACCCUAAACCCAAACAGAUCUCACAGUCUCAGUACAGGAAGAGCAUGAUGUGAAGGCACGCUUCAGGGUGGGGGGGUGGUGAUUUCUUUUUAUUAUUAUUUACAGUGUUCGAAACAGUACAACGUGCCUGUUCUCAUCAAAACUUGCUCCUCAAGCCUCACCCCUUCCUCUCCCCAGAUCUCCCCCUCGGCCCCCCGUCCCCAGAUGAAACAGAAGGUGUUCCAAUACAUCAGUUUGGAUUCCUACUUUUUUUCCAAGUAUCCUUUCUCUGCAUUCUUGGGCUGCUCGUGUCAUGCUUGCAGGAUGGAAGAUCACCAAGACCUGGAAAGCUCCCAGCACACUUGUGGAGACAUAUGCACAGCAGCAGGGGUAGAUAUUCUUCCUCUAUAGAAGCCCUGGGUUUGCUGCUCUGAACCCAGAGCUGCAGUUCUGUCUCCUGCGUUACAGCUCUUUGAUCAAGAGCAUUGGCAACUUGGUUUAUGUUUUUCUUCCUCUUUAAAAAAAGAGUCAGCACGUGGAGGUUCCCGUUAUCCAAAAACUGUUUGGAAGAUGCUUGCCAGUGACAUCCAAGCCCGGGUUGGAAUUCUGCUGUCUGAACAAGGAGAUUCCCAGUCUGGAAUGCAGUCUGACAUGUCGUGAGAGGCAUCGGGCGCUCCUUCCUGGACUGCAGUUAACAGGGCUCUUCCCUGGCAUUGUUCCUGCACUGAUCCCAAACCCUCUUUUGCAAACUCCUGUGGCAGGCAGCUGUUAAUACAUGUGGUACAUAUACAGCCCUCCGUACGGAGGCAACAGGUAUGCAAUCUGUGUUAAAAUUAACCCUGUCUGUCAGCCGACAGCCGAUGCUUCGGAGACACCCCCUGGCCCGGUGCAAUGAGAUUUAGCAACCACAAUGUCUUCCUUCUUGUGCAGAUGAUCAAAGCCUGGAGUCCAACGGGCAGUCAUUAUUUGUUUUUCAUUGUUCUUUCCUUAAUUUAGGCUGGAGUGAAAUGGAAAGUCAGGGUUUGGCACAGAGGGCAACAGAAAAGCCGAGAAUUGCCGUUGGUUUAAUGGGACUGAUUCUGCUCUCGCUCACACUCCGUUUACACAGUCGAGCCUCACACAAUUGUCUCUUAGCUGACAUUGACGUGAGGUCAGUAUCAGGCCCACUGAAACUCAAACGGAUCCCAAAUUACAGCUCAGAUAUCCUCGCCUCGCUGAUGUCUAGCACUUUUCUAAAUAGGUAGCUCAGCUUUCAUGCACUUAAGCAGCAGGACAAGAGGGAAAUAGGCAAAGAUUUCUCUCAGGGCUUAAAGUACACUGGUAAAUUAACAUCAGUCGUUUUUUCCAAGAAAUCUAAUUUCCUUGCCUAUGUUGCAAAGAACCCCUGAGAAUAUUAAAAACAACUGAGUUUUAAAUGACUAAUUUCCUUUUCACUGUUUACAUUUUGUACCUCUCAUAUAUUUGAAAUGAGAUGAGUUAUGUUGACGUCUGAGUCUGGUCAGUUUCACUCAUAUUGCCGGCUAAGGCUGUGAUGUUUGGGUUGCAAACGCUGCAAGGAAAUGUUGAUCUGUGUUUUUUAAAAGCUCCCACCAGCUGGAAUUAAAUAACAUUGGUGGCAAUAUUUCUAUUGGCCUGAGCUUCUUUAACAGCUGGUUGUUUGCAAAGCUUAAAUUUGGGGCCCAAUUUCACCUGACAAUGUCCCUUUCAGUUAUUCAUAUCUAUUUUCAAAACCUAUCCUUCAAACAGCAGAAGAAUUUCUGGCUCAUUUCAAUUCUUAUCACAAAGUCACACAGUCAUGCCGUUAUGAUAGAAGUGGGGAGAUUUGGCUUUUACAGAAUUUACAAGUAUCCUUUUCUUGAUUUAUUUUUUUAAACAUGUUGGACCACGCAACGGGUGCAUUUUUAUAGUCAGUGGAAUCAAAUUUCAUCCCUUAAAUAACAAACAAACAAAAAGGAAAGAUUAAAAAACAAAACAGACAUGUAAGCCAUUCUGACAGUGCCCUGUCGGUUUGGAAGCAGGUUUGUCCUACAAUGAAAACUCACAUGUCACAUAGUUGUUAGAGCUGGGCAAAAUUUUGCAACAGGUUCUAAGCUUGGGACCAGGUUUUGCCGAGCUUCACCAACCUUCCCGCUAACCUAGGGUGGACUUCUGGGCAAACGGGGGCGGGCAGAGUUAUGGUUUGUGGACAGAACCAUUCAGUAUGGUUUUGCAUGGUUUUGACCCCCGAAUUGGGCAGUUGUGGGUUUGGUUCAACCCAAAACUCCUGUGAUACAAAUCCGGUGAAGUGAAUUCAAAAAAGAAACUAUCACACCAGUGCCCCUGAAAACCCAAACCGGCAAGUUUCAUACAGCUCUAGCCACGGCAUUUAUGUCCAGACACCAUGAUUCUGCAUCAGCACAAAGUCAUGAUGUGAUGCUGUGAGAUCACGGUCUCCUCAUCAUGCCACAGUGACAUUGCUCUUACCCUGGAGCAUCCCAAAAGGUAGGGAUGCAAAAAUUACCCAAUCAAAAACUGGGAUGAGUGGCGACUCAAAGGAAUUGGAAUCCUCCCCAUCCAAUCAAAUUCCUAAGGUUCCCCUUUCCCAUGACAUCAGAGGAAAUGUUAGGGGUGCGAGGGGAAGAGGUAUGGAGGGCCACCUCCCACUCCUUGCUUCUGCGCCUGGGUCAUGAACAUCGCCAUGGUUUUCAUGACUCUUCCGCGCCUUGGGCUCCUCCAAAAUGCCUAUGGUAGCUGCUUCUGGGUGAAAUUCUGGCCCCACUGACAUCAGUGAAGCCAGGAUUCCACCUUCUGACUCAAAGCAGAGCUAACUUUACGAUUUUGAGGGUCCCAACAAAGAGGUUAUUUUUGAGAUGCUCAUUUCCCUUCUGUGUCCCACCUCCAUCUCUCUGUCUCCCUCCCUGUUCGAUGAGCCUAGAGAGCACUUGGCUCUUACAAUCCCACGCUGUGGCACAAAGAGAGGCCCCAAAGCUGGCCAGGCCUGUCCCACUCCUUUGGCCUUUCCCCCACCCAGCAGCGUUGCCAGAGAAUUUGGUAA